AUCGUCUAUUUGAAUGUGUGCUUCUAGGCUUUUGCAACAUAUCCCUUGCUGAUGCGCCGCCGACUUCUAGUCAAGGCCCAUGCAUGAUCUCCGCCUCAUCGUCCGUGGGCUAUCAUGUAGACAAUGCUAGGAUAGAUGUGCUUAGAGAGGACUUUUCUAAUCUUGUGAUAACUGAGAAUAACUUAGGUAAUGUUAGGGUAUUGGCUAUCUUAAGACUCUUCUGAUAUUGCCUCAUGCUUUGGUGUUCCUUUCAGGCUCUUAACCUAUGAGUUUAAUGGCUACCUGCUCAACCUAGGUAAGGUAGGUAGGCAAUCCACUUGCCUGCCGGUCUAUUAGCCUAUCUAUUGGAUUAACAAUUCACCGUAAAUCCUGCAAAAGAAGAUCGAGGCAUUUAUGUUCUCGUCGAUCCUCAUUCGUUUCCUCUUCUCCUUUCGCAGUUUACCCGUCCUUGACUCACCUCUCCAAUAAAUCAAUACUCUUCUUCAACGGCUUUAAUCAUGGCAUUCACACUAUAUGAUGCGACUAUCGUCGAGGCUAAACUGGCCCUGGCAUCACUGGAUCACAUCCUCACUGAAGCAGAGAAGCAUAGCAAUGCAGCCAGCUUCCCAGAUGCGCGACUUUACGAAGACAUGAACCCGUUGAGCUUUCAGGUCCAUGCAGCCACUCGAUUCGCCGAGAAGCUAGUCGCCAGGCUCUCUGGAAGGGAGUCUGUCGAGUUUGAAGACGAAGUCGUCACAUUUGAGGAUAUGCACUCGCGCAUUCGAAAGGCCCAAGAGUUGCUUGAAAAGGCUGAUAAAGACGUCGUGAAUCAGCAGGGAGAGGAGGUUGCCCCGACAGCAUUGCCAUCGGCGGGAACAAUGGACCUGCCUGGGAAAGCAUUUGCCAUGGGAGCGGCUGUCCCUAAUAUCAACUUUCAUCUGUCAAUGGCUUAUGCUAUUCUGAGGAAGGAGGGUGUGCCAUUGGGAAAGAAGGAUUUCAUCAUGCCAUUUGUUGGCGAGUAUAUUGUGAAGAUGCAAUAGAGGCGGGACUACCUGAAGUGAUUGAGAUGACAAUUGACCACCCUACAUAUUGCUGUUUGGCCUUACGCCUCAUGGCCUAUAUCUAUGUCAAAAAAGUCUGCCAUUGAAUGACCUCUUUGGUCAUCCAUUUCAUGGUCCCAUGCUGGUAGGACCUUGGACAAAUGUUGUCAUUUAGACUUUAUCAGAGAGUCUUGUUCUAGCCUUGUAACAUAUAUGUACCGUUGUGAUAAUGAGUGAAACCGAUUUAGAUCAAAUGUUUGUACACUUCUAUAAAAUUAUUCAGUU